AUGGCACGGUCCCUACUCUGGACAGCGGCCGUAGCGGCCCUUGCUGCGGUCGUGUCUGUCCGCGCGACGCCCGCAAGCGAGUUCUCAUAUGAAGUGUUGAAGUCGACGACCUACGACAUUGUCUUUGAGAACGAGACAGUGUCCAAGACAGACGCGCUGCAGCUGCUUCGGCACGAAGGCGCGACGGGCGUCGAAGUGCAACACUAUAUGCAAGAUAGUUUCAACCUUACGUGGGGCGACCCUGCAAGCUAUGUGUGCCGUUAUCCUCCCCGUGAGGCGAUCGACGCAGUAGAGACCAAGCGCAAGAGGCUUCUCACCCUGGCAGACAAGCAGGCCAUCCUGCAAAAAGGCCUCGAAGCGAUUCAGGAGCGUAAAGGAAAAUGUAUCGUCAACGUGCGUGGCUAUUUUGCCUAUCACUUUUGCUUCAACACAAGACUGCGCCAGCUGCCGACUACGACGUACGUUGCCAAGCUCCAGACGGCGACCUCGGGCGACGAUCCCCAGCACGACGAGUACAUCAUGGGUGUAUGGCGCCCGGAAAUGGAUCAGGUGCCUGAAAAACAGCUGAAUGGAGUGCAGGCGUUCGGCGAUGUGGACAGCGGCACGGCCCUGCGCCCGGUCGUCGAAGCCGAGGAUCGCAGUGGGAUUUAUACAGACCAGACGCUCUACUUGGCACAGACCUGGCGGGACGGCACAGUGUGUGAUUUGAACGGGCUUCCGCGCAAAACAGAGAUUCGCUACUUUUGCGCCCCGGACGACAUCGAGCGGAUCGAGUCCAUCUCGGAGCAGCGGACCCUUGUGGACAUUUAUACGCCGAGCCUUUGCAACGAAACGGCUUUUGCACGUCUCGCAGAGGAGCCGGUGCACUUUAUCCAGUGCCGUCUUAUUACGCCGGACAGCGAAGAGCAAAAGACCAGCUACCUCAAAUCAGUCAAGCGGCACAAUCGCAAGCACCACCACGUCGUGGAGCCGGAGGCCAAGCCGGAGCUCGGCGAGGUCCCCGUCGAUACGUACCCCGAUGAUGUGCCUCUGGAUCUUGACGAUGACAUUCCCGAGUACAAUGACGAUGAAGAUGUCAAGUUCCUUGAGAAAAUGACUGGGCAAGGCGAAAGCGGCCGUGAGCCUGAUGCGCAAAACGAUAUCCUGCGAGAGUUUUUGGCUGUAUUGCAAGAGCGUACCGAUGAGCUGGAAGAGAAAAUUGUGGCAAAGAUUCCCCAACAGGGCUUUGAAUCACCUCACGAGGACCUUGACACGGAGAUCACCAAGGCGGGUCAAGAAGCGCGCGAGGCGCUCGAGCUGCUCAAGAAGAGCAUCGAGAGCAUUGGGAAAAAGAACGACGCGCAGGAACUCCAACGAUUGGCCAAAAUUCAAGAUUGGGAUAUUGUUAAGGAGACCGAAGAGCUCAACGAUGCCUUGCUUGGAAUUAACGAUCGAUUGCUCCAACGUCAGGAUAGCAUUCAGCGCCAACUGGAUGCGAUCGAGGGCAAGGAGAGUAAAUCUGACCCGUCUGAGACUACACCCACGACUAUUGACAAGAAACAAGGCAUAACGGACACCACCGCAAAGCCGGUCAAGAAGCAAGCCGCCCAGAAGUCUAGAGUCAAAGACGAAUUGUAG